AUGCCUCUCACUAAGGAUCUCCUUCAUCCCUCUCCAGAAGAGGAGAAGAGGAAACAUAAGAAGAAGCACCUUAUGCAUAGCCCCAAUUCCUACUUCAUGGUCAUGAAAUGCCCAGGAUGCUAUAAAGUUACCACCAUCUUUAGCCAGGCACAAAUGGUAGAUUUGUGUGUUGGCUGCUCCAUGGUCCUCUGUCAGCCUACGGAGGAAAAGCAAGGCUUACAGAAAGGAUGCUCCUUCAGAAGGAAACAGUACCAAAACACCCUGAGUCAAGAUGAGUGA